CGGGGCUGAGGGCUGUUCCCCUUCCUGUGAGGCUGCUGAAAAGGAAACCGCGUGACACGUAACACAGGGCCCAGGACUUGUCACACCCUGUGCAUGUCUGUCCUGCCAGGCCCUGUGGUCAUUAUAAUUCGUCUGGAGUGCUGGAAACCAUGCAAGGCAGUGCCACAGCCCUGACCCUCACCGCCUUUCUAUGUCUUGGACUGGGCCAGGGCCUGCGGAACCAGCUACAGACAGGGACCCUCCACAAACCCUCCAUCUGGGCUAAUCCAGGCCCCAUCACCACCAUGGGGAGCUCUGUCACCAUCUGGUGUCAAGGGUCUUGGCAGGCUGAUGCCUACUAUCUGUAUAAAAACCAAGGGUCUCAAUACUUGGAAAUGUGGCGACCAAGGAACUUUGUGGAUAGGGCCAGUUUCUUCAUCAAAUCCAUGAGCAUACAACAUGCAGGGCAGAUCCAGUGUGCAUAUCACAGCUCGAGUGGCUGGUCAGAGCUGAGCGACCCUCUGCUCCUUGUUGUGACAGGAGCUUACAGCAAACCCUCCCUCUCAGCCCAUCCAAGCCAUCUGGUGGUUUCGGGGGGGAAUGUGUCCCUCUCCUAUAGCUCACAGGACACAAUGGACACUUUCCAUCUGCUCGAGGAGAGAGAAGCCUUCCCUUCCCAACAGAGGAAAUCUGAGUUCUCUGCUGGGAGGCACCAGGCCACCUUUCCUGUGGGCCCUGUGAGCACCUUCCAUGGAGGCAUCUACAGAUGCUAUGGUUCUCUCAGAAACUACCCAUAUGUGUGGUCACAGCCCAGUGAUUCUGUGGAUCUGACGGUCACAGGAGCCUACAGCAAACCCUUCCUCUCAGCCCAUCCAAGCCCUCUGGUUGUUUCAGGAGGGAGUGUGUCCCUCUCCUGUAGCUCACAGGACAGGAUGGAUACUUUCUAUCUGCUCAAGGAGGGAAGAGCUGACCCUCCUCAACACAGGAAAUCUCAGUUCUCUGCUGGGAGGCACCAGGCCAUCUUUCCUAUGGGCCCUGUGAGCACCUACGAUGGGGGCACCUACAGAUGCUAUGGUUCUGUCCGCUCCUCCUCCCACCUGUGGUCACACCCCAGCGACCCUCUGGAUCUCAGGGUCACAGAUGAGGCAGCCCCCACCCAAUCACUCUUUCUGGGGGCUCCAUGGCCUCCUGGGAGCAGCAUCACAGGGGGGUGUGAAGGAGACGAGUGUGCACUCACUGCAGCCCCGUGGACAGUGGGGAUGUGCGUUUCCUUCCAUGCCACUGUCUCCUCUUCGCCAGGGGUGCACAGAAAGCCCUCCUUCUCAGCCCAGCCGGGCUCACUGGUGCUCUCUGGAGCCAGCCUGACCCUGCAGUGUGGCCCUGAGGCCUGCUUUGACAGGUUCCUUCUGACCAAGGAUGAGCAGCUCUUAUCCCUUUCCCAGUGCCUUGACAGGCAGUACAGUCCCAUCUUCACCCUGUGCCAUGUGAACCACACCCACAAGGAACAGUACAGGUGCUAUGGUGCAUGCACACUCUUCUCCAGGUGGUUGGCCCCCAGUGAUCCCUACGUCUUGGUGGCAGGAACAUAUGAGAAACCCUCCCUCUUGGCCCAUCCUGGCCCCUCAGUGACCUUGGGAGACAGCGUGACUCUGCAGUGUCGCUCAGAUCAAUUUUUUGAUACAUUCCAUCUGUUCAAGGAGGGCUUGAUUGCCCCUCCCCAGCAGAUGAGUUGGCAGAAAAAUGCUGGGCCCUUUCAGGCCAUCUUCACCAUGAGUCCUGUGACCUCAGCCCAUGGAGGGACCUACAGGUGUUACAGCUCACACAGCACCUUCCCUUACCUGUUCUCACAACCCAGUGACCCCCUGGAGCUGGUGGUCUCAGCCUCACACCCAGAGACCACACCAAGAGCUGGAGGCUCCGAGAAUCAGCACCACACACCCAGGGACUCAGACCCACCAAGGGGUCUCCCACAGUACCUGAAAGUUCUGAUCGGAGUCUUGGUGGCCUUUGUUCUUCUCCUCGUCCUCUUCCUCCUCCUCUUCCUCCUCAUCAGACACCAUCGCCAGGGGAAAGGCAGGACCACAGCGUCAGAGCCAAAGGACAGAGGCCUGCGGAAAAGCUCCAGUCCAGCCGCCAUGGACCAGGACGAGAACUUGUAUGCUGCCGUGAGAGACAUACAGCCUGAGGAAGAAAUGGAGAUGGACAGUGAGCAGAGCCCUGAAGAUCAAAACCCUCAGGCAAGGAUGUGUGCCCAGGUGAAUCACCACUCAAGAUCUAGGUGGGCAGCGGCUCCCUGUCCUUCCUCCCUGUCUGGAGAGUUGCAGGAUAUGAAGGACAGACAAGUGGAAGAAGACAGUCAGAGGGACAGUCAGGCUGCUGCACCUGAAGACCCCCAGGAAGUGACGUAUGCACAGCUGAUUCACUCAACCCUCAAACCAGAGACAACCACAUCCCCUUCCUCUCAGUCAGGGGAGCCCUCCAAUGAACCUAGCGUGUAUGCAGCUGUGGCUAUUCACUAACACAGGACAAGACCCAGGCCCCAGUCUCCAAGGAGGGGGCCUGCAAGAACCCCAGAAAGCAACAGAGCUGCCCCCAUGAGCAUUUAACUGAAGAACUGCAGCUAGCCUGGAGACCUGACAUGGACCCCAGGAGCUUCUGGGACCUUGUGGAAAUUGUUCCCAGACUCCACCCAAAUUACUCAGCUGAUCUUACAGUCCCUGCCAAACUCAUCUAGCCAACUGCAAUAAUCUCAUGGCACUCUGUCAUCAACCAGGCCCUAGUUAACCAAGUGACAAACCUGGGGGGCCUACUAUCUGCUACCUGAAACAGACCUGGAAUCUUCUGCGGGCUUCAUAUUUACAUGUUUGGGAACAGCAACCUAACAGUGUCAAAGGACCCAGAAGCAUGUCACUGCUCUGAAGCUGAGCUUUUAACUGACCUCAAAGUAAGAAAGCCCCCAAACGGGAACUAGGCUACAAAAGACUAAACGAGUUGCUUAAUAUCAACAUCUCUCCUCCAAGUCCCUUCCUUCACUGGACGAUGCAGUUUCUCAACAAGGCGGAGGAAAGGGGAAGCUGGUUUCCUCCUGACCAUGAGUGUUUUCAGAAACCCCCAGAAGCAAGGGGUAGGGGAGGAGAGUGCAGGGUUCCUUAAAUGUCACCUGCCAUAUAUGUCACCAGACAACAUAUUCUCCAUUUUCUAUUUCACUGGACCCGUAUCUGUGUAAGACAGAAACCUGGGACCUUGUCUGAUGUCACACUUCAAAAGCAACAAGCUUUCAAACAUGGUUUCAAACUGAUUCAUUCUGGCUCCACCCCCAGAUAUACUGAAUCGGAAUCUACAUUUUAACAAUAUCCUCAGGGGUUGUUUUGUAUGUUGUUCUUAAAACUUAUUACGUAUGCUUUGUGAAAUGAUGCUUUAGGUGCAUUUUUCAUUUUAUGCCCGAUAUUGUCUACUUUUAAAUCAGUAACAUAUGAAUCUGUUCAAAUCCCUGCUUUCAAAGUAGUCUAUAGAUUUUUUCAAGUGCUACCACUGAAAAACCACAACCAUUCCAUCUUCACCAGCAACCAAGACUGGCAGGCUCAGCUUGUCCUCUUGUUCUGCUCACCUAACCUUACUUACCCUAUCUCAUCCCAGGAACCAGGGUAAGAUGGCCGGAUGUGCCAGGGAAUGCCCUGACCUCCACUUGCUACUCACUGUCUGGAAAUGACCCCUCCUCCCAGGCCAUAUGCAAAUAGAGCUGUUUCUGUAACACUGUUGGUCAGCCUCCCCCUUUGAUGAUGGAAGCAUCUUGCAAAGAUGCUCAUUCUGCUCACUGCUACUGCAACCCCCACACUAAGAGGACAAGGGCUGCCAUGUAGUAAGCACUCAAGUAUCUGAAUGACAAAAGUAAUCAGACUCCUUCUAUACACUCGGCCACAUUCAAAAAGUGGAAACGUGGGAAGAAAACAUCUGGGUGCCUCCUCUUGUGAAACCUUGCAAGAACAUCCCUCAUGCAGUGCUAUUUAUCAAUCUCUAAUCUAUGACUGGAUACCCUGGUGUAGUGGGUAAGAGCUAAGGCUGCUAAACCAAAAGGUCAGCAGUUCAAAUCCACCAGAUGCUCCUUGGAAUCUGUAUGGGGCAGUUCUACCAUGUCCUACAGGGUCAUUUAGUCAGAAUCAACUCAACAAUGGGUAACAAAUGGUUACUGGCCUUUUUUUUUUUUUUCCCUGUAAUUUCUCUAAUAUUACAAAUCAGAUGUCACCCUGCUACUAGUAUUUGGAAGCCAACCACAAUUACUCCUAACCUCUCAGGCUCACCAGGGUCCCUCUGACACUGCCCUAACAACUCUCCUCUGCACCCCCACCACACACCAGGUGCCAACUCAAGGGAUUUAGCUUUUUUUCUAGAAAUUUGUCAGCUGCAAUACGCUGCUGAUCACUUCGGAACAUCCCUCCUGAAUAGGUUUCACUGGCAUAGCCGAACAGGAUUCCUUUUUUGAAAAUGUACUCAGCUGGAGAGGCCCAAGUCCAUGCAACUGUGGCAGUUACCGUUCUGUGGUUUAACGUAACCUUAUAGUUACUGUAUCAGUGGCACUGAAUGUGUUACCAAAAAUAAGUAUAUCUAUCAGACUAUUUUUGUGUAAUUUCUUAAUACUGGUAUUUGUUAUCUCCACAUAAAGUGUACUGGUCUAAAAAGUGUAUUUGAAAAUAAACCCUGAUGGAAAAAUGCCUUUAAAAAAUUUUUAAAAGUGCAUCGGGUGGACACUUGAGACUAUGUUGGCAUCUCCUGCCUGGAGGGGAGAUGAGAGGGUAGAGGGGGUUAGCAGCUGUCACAAUGGACACAAAGAGAAUAGAGGGAGAGGGCAGGCUGUCUCAUUAGAGAGAAAUUGGGAGUAUGUAGCAAGGCCUAUAUAGGUUUUUAUGUGAAGAGACUGACUUGAUUUGUAAACUUUCACUUACAGCACAAUUAUAUAUACAAAAAAAAAAAAAAAAUUGCAGCUUCUGUACCCUGUAACCUCCCAUCGUACCCUGCAAAACAACUUUUGGGGGAAAAAUGUGGUUAUGCCCUCUCAAGGAUAUGGCACUUUGUUCUUGUGCCCAAUGCAUGACAUAUUCCAGGAAGGUCCAAGACACUUCUAGGAAAAAUGCUGACACACCACGAGCUAAAGAAACGUCAGGGUCAGCAAUAACUCAGCCGAUGUUAAGCAAGAUGUGGUUGUGAUCAAGUGCUUGUUUUAUUCUGUAAAAACCCCCUGCACCGUCUGAGCUUCGAGCACAUUGUGCUUUCGCCUUGUGCCCCAAACUCACAAAUCAUAUCUCCCUCAAUAAAACUCUUCUGCUUUUACUUUAAUUAAAAAAAAUAAAUAAAUUUUUUUUUUUUUAAAGCAAGUGGACAACCUGUCUUGGAUACAGUGUGAGCUUCCCCUCACUACACAGAACUGAAUGUUCACAACAAGGGUUAGACUGGAUCCCAGGAAAGAAUCUAAGUCAGGGAGAGGAGACCCAAUAAUAAACACCAACUCCAAAGUGCUGAUCUGGUUUUUAUUAUCUGAUUGGAAAACUUGAUAAUGUCCCCAACCCAGGAGAGGGUGGGGGGGCUUAAUCCUCCUCCUCAUCAUCACCAGCUCCAGCCCCACCCUGGCCCUUCUUGGCGUUUUUCCUCUUCACACGGCCUGGGCGGCCUCCACCAUAUGGGGAGCGGAGGGAGAAGUCAAUGUGCUUCUGGGAGUCCAGGCGGACGAUAAAGGACGGGAUGUUCACCACCUGCUUGCGAACCCUGGAGGGGGUAGGGAUGGUAGGUGAAAAGGAUUGGGAGGAAAAAUAGGGUCCCCGCUGCAAGACAAGACACCAUUCUUUCUCCUCUUCUUCCAGUGGACAGGGCUGUACUGAUGCUGAAUAAAUACCAGGGUGGGGUUCUAGACCCCAUGGAAAUCCCUGUGUACUGACAAGGGCUUUAAGGCAUCACCUCAUCUACACAACUGCUUUAGCAGACAAGUUCUCAUUCACGUUACCCACAUAACCCAUACAAGGUUACAAAGCCAAUAAGGUGGUAGGUACCACAUGGACCCAGGCUGGGUUUUCAAACACUCUGAACUCUGUACCAGGCCCUGAGCUUUACUCUCAGGUACAGUUUCACUCUCUUAGGCACAGGCACUUGAGGCAGGGUUCUCUGAACCCAUUUCAUAUACAAAUAAAAGCACUUGCCCAUGGGUCACACAGGGCUAGAGGAUGGCUGAACCAAAAAUGCAUUUUGGGCAGACUAGCAAGCAUUUUGCCCACUUACUAUACCAUGUAUAGUAAGCUUUCCCCCUAAUGGUUAGGUUUUACAAGAGGAAAUGAGCCCCCAGAUAAAGCCCAGUUUGCCUUGACUGCCCUUUUCACUGUACCAGCUGCCACCCUGGUGUUCAAGCGUCAGACCUCUGGCACUGAUUUCACCAAAUUAAUAACAUCAGUCUGUAACAGACUUUACAAGUGGGCCCAGUAGAUUAGGUGAACCCACCAGUCAGUUCAGCGGCUUCUCCCUUGCCUGGGGACACCAAGAGCUAUUACCUGUCCAGCUGCACACAUGCUUGGCGGAAGCCUUCACAAGGUGUACGGCUUGCGCCGCAGUGACCCUUGCGCUGGGCUAUGGGGACAUGAGCUGUUGGUAGGGGGCAAAUCUGGGCCCUCAAAGUAAGCUCACACCUGCCACCUCCGAGGACUGCAUAGGAGAUAGGGACAGCAGGCUUAGUAAGGGCAGCCAGCACAGGGAUUGGGGUGGGAAGGGGGAGUCCAGGGGGCCCUCCAGAGGCAGUACCUGAUGUGGCGCUGCCGGAUCAGCACCCGGGCGUGGUGGAUGGACUUGGCCAAGCCCAGCUUAAAGACCUGGGUCUGCAGGCGCCUCUCCAAGAAAUCCUCGAUCUUCAGGCCCAGGAUGUAAUCCAGCUUCAUCUUGCCCUCAUCCAGCACUCCAAUGCGGACCAGUCGCCGCAGCAAUGCAUUUCCUGGUAAAGGGGAGAGGAAGCACCGACUCAGGGUUCCAACUGACCUCAGGCUUGUGUUGGCUGCUGUUAAACCACUACUAGCACUAACGAAGCACUCUGAUUAGAAGCUCAUAGACUGGAGUCAGGCAAGCCCUGCUAGUUAACCAGAUGUAGGGGCACAUAGCUUUUCUUACCUGUAACACGGGAGGAGUAUCAGUAUCUAUGCUUUCACGCAUGAAAACAGAAAAACUUAAAGAGUAGCUAUGUUUAAAUGUGUAACGUCAUUCACUAUACCACUCUAUUUGUGACAUUUUCCGUGGAAGAUAGUACAUGUAAAUAACAUAACGAUGCAUGGCAAAAAAGUAUCCAACAGAGUCAGCCACAACCUAACUACUUCCAACGACCCCAGGCUCAGGUGUUGUUCCUUGCCCACAACAGGCAUGCCCUUCACCUAGUCUUUGAUGGCAUGAGAUACAAAUUAUAAAAUGCUUUAGUCCUUUAAUGUGAAAUACAGAUUACAAUUCCUGCACUUAAGGUGCUGUGACGAUACAGUUCAUACCUGUAAGGUGUUUACCUUACUUGCUGUUAUAAAGCCUUUGAAACAAAUGAGCUCAGUGUCAUGCCGCUUUGCAGGAUAGCCUGGUUCAGCAUCAUGGCUUGCCUAUUUCAAUGAGCGAAGGUCACGGUGAUGGUUUAAAAAACAAAACGACCUACAGAUGAGGUAGAGCUUGUGGGUUCCUCCUUGGCCCGUGGCUAAAUGGCUUCCUUGACUAGAAAGCUUGGCACCUGACGAGUUGCCAUCCAACUUUCACUUCUGCCCUGGAAUACCACAAGUAACCCUUGUGUUCACUUUGUCUUCACUACUGCUUUUUUCAUUACUUUCCCACAUGACCGUAUCCAAAUAAGCUCCUUUGUGAUCAGUUCUAUCUUCAGAAAAGUCCCCGCUUGAAGCCAGAGCUAGCUGUGGCUAGCUCCUCCUCCCCCCAUGAGAUUCUGGAAAUCAACAUCCCCAGAGCUUUCACAGGCUUGUCCAACGGGGUAUAUGAACUACAGAAAUAGUGGAAACCUCCACCAUCCACAAGUCUGGGAUGGAUUCAAAGAUGUGUAAACCUGUGAUGGCUAAACAUGCAUUUGGCCUUUCUCAAUUUCUACUGUGCAUGACUACUCUCAUGCCUCCACAGGUGUAGAGGCAGUUCCUCCCUACAUACCUUAAUGAAAGACCGGAAAAAUCACACUAAAAACCCUAUUUGAAAAUUAUGAGAAAAGCUAAUUGCCCAAAGAAGCCAAGCCUUCCAAUUCCCAGUCCUUCCUGUAUUUCACCAUAAAUUAAGAUUACCCAUGCAUGGUCAGACUAAAAGUAGUAUUGUUUCAAGAUGAAAUCUGUGAGGUAGCCCAUUUCAAAGGCCAACUAUAAACAAGUUACGGAAUCACCUAACUUUUUACAUCUGCUGAAAUCAAAUGUGUAACUGCACCCACACCUUAGAUACAAUGGAGAAAAGACACACCAAAUUAAAAAGCUAUUUUUACGUUUAAGUAUCAUUUAAACAUCUACUGUAUUCCGUAAUUAAAACCACAGUACCCUCAUUUUCCAAGUAGUAGCUCAUUACACGUGACUGGAAGCUUCCUAUAAUUGGUCUCACACCGCGUUCACGAGACUCUGGAGCCAGGUGCCUGUCCACCACUCCCACGUAUAAUGAGGCCUCCCUGAUCAAUUUGCCCUUAUCAGUACAAUGGGAAUAUCAGCACCUACUCCUACAAUAACAUAGUACAUGAUAAGGUGUGUUAAAAAAAAAAAAAAAAAAUUCGCUUCAGCCCUUACAUCACC